AAUCCAUCAGGUGUUUAGUUUUUAUUUACUUAUGUAUUGCAAAGAAGAAACAGCACUACAUUUGAAGCUUUGAGGGGAACAUUUGAAGGGGAAAAAAGAAAGUGGUAAACCCUCAGAAAAAAAGAUUAGUUCAUAAAAAUGUGUUCAUAGCAAUGAGAUUUUACAGUGUGGGAAAUUUCAGACAUCAAUUUAGGCAAAGUGUUCUUGUGCAUGAAAAAUUUGCAAUGCAAAACAAAUAUCAGGUGUUUAGUACAAGUAACUUUAGAAUAGGCAAUGCAGUGACGCAAUGAGAAAGUGCGGUGCGUCACAGAUGGUGAGCCAAUCACAACUCAUUGCGCUGCCAUACAUCUGCAUAUAUUAAGCGCGCUUAAUGACCCUCCAGUCAGGGGUGUUUCCAUCUCAUUCAUCUAGAAACCGCCAUCGUUAGAAGAAGCACUGGUAUAUUUCCUUUGUCAUAUCUACCUAACUUCAUAAACAUGUCUUACUGUAAAGUUAUACCCGCUGUGACCAGAGUAAAACCGGCUCAUUUGUUUGGCGUGAGACUGCGCUCCACAGCAGCAGCAUCCACGCAGCGCAAAGAGCUGAAGUCGGAAGACGCGUCGCUGGAUCCGUCCUGCACCGUGGUGGAGAAGCCCUGCGAUGUGGAUCUCAUCAGCGGCAAAGCGCACUCGGAGCGCCGGAGGAUCUCCAUCGACUUCGACAACACGCGAGAAGCCUACAAGAGCAAAGACACGCUGGAGCUCCUCAGGAGUCUGCUGGUCUUCAAACUCUGCACCUCUGACUUCCUGGUUGACAAAAAUAAAGAGUUGAUGGACCUCAGCAAGAAGGUUCUUGGCCAGCGGCUCUUCGAGAAACUGAUGAAAAUGACCUUCUACGGCCAGUUUGUGGCGGGCGAGGACCAGAACGCCAUCAAACCUCUGAUCGAGAAGAACCAGGCGUUUGGCGUGGGUUCAGUUCUGGACUACAGCGUGGAGGAGGAUCUGACUCAAGAAGAAGCUGAGAAGAAGGAGAUGGACUCCUGUGUUUCUGAGGCUGAGAAAGAGAGUCGUGGUAUGGAUCAUCGUGAGAAGAAGUAUAAAGCUCAUCGUCAGUUCGGAGAUCGGCGUGGAGGAGUGAUCAGCGCUCGUACGUAUUUCUACGCAGACGAGGCCAAGUGUGACCAUCACAUGGAGACUUUCAUCAACUGCAUCAAAGCUUCCGCUGGAAGCUCUGUGGAUGGAUUCUCAGCCAUUAAGAUGACGGCACUGGGCCGGCCGCAGUUCCUGCUGCAGUUCUCCGAGGUGCUGGUGAAGUGGAGGAGGUUCUUCAGUCUGUUGGCGGCUCAUCAGGGGAUGGACGGCAUGGCGAUACUUGAGCAGAAGCUGGAGCUCGAACAACUGCAGGACAGUUUGAUCAAACUGGGAGUUGGUGCAAAAUCAGACAUUGAGAACUGGUUUACUGGAGAGAAACUGGGUUCAUCAGGAACCAUUGAUCUGUUGGACUGGAACAGCCUCAUCAAUGACACUACCAAGAUCUCCAACCUGCUGGUGGUGCCCAACAUGGAGACAGGUCACCUGGAGCCUCUGUUGAGCAAAUUCACUGAUGAAGAGGAGAAACAGAUGAAGAGGAUGCUACAGAGAAUGGACGUCCUCGCCAAGCACGCUGUGGAGAACGGCGUGAGGCUGAUGGUGGACGCAGAACAGACGUAUUUCCAGCCGUCCAUCAGCAGACUCACGCUGGAGAUGCAGAGGAUUUUCAACAGAGAAAAACCCAACAUCUUCAACACCUACCAGUGCUACCUGAAAGAGGCGUAUGAUAACGUGUCGGUGGAUGUGGAGCUGUCGCGGCGGGAGGGCUGGUUCUUCGGUGCGAAGCUGGUCAGAGGAGCGUACAUGUAUCAGGAGAGAUCCCGCGCGGCAGAGAUCGGAUAUGAAGAUCCCAUCAACCCUGACUAUGAGGCCACCAACAGGAUGUACCACAAGUGUCUGGAGUACAUUCUGGAGGAGAUCAACCACAACAGGAUGGCAAAUGUCAUGGUGGCGUCUCACAACGAGGACACCGUCAAAUUCACACUGGAAAAAAUGAACGAGAUGAGUCUCUCUCCCACUGAGAAUAUGGUUUACUUCGGCCAGCUGCUGGGAAUGUGCGAUCAGAUCAGCUUCCCGUUGGGUCAAGCGGGAUUCCCGGUGUACAAGUAUGUGCCGUACGGCCCGGUGAACGAGGUCAUCCCGUACCUGUCGCGCCGAGCGCAGGAGAACCGCGGCUUCAUGAAGGGUUCGCAGAGAGAGCGCAGCCUGCUGUGGAAGGAGCUGAAGCGCAGACUCUUCAGUGGACAACUGCUCUACAAACCUGUCUACUAAACCACAACAUCAACAUCAGCUGCAUUUAACAUAUGGACCUCUUUCUCUACCGCAGAGCAUAACCAUGUUAGUGUGGAAAAAUCAUCUCAAAAUGGACAUUUUCUAGGUUUUAUAGUUUGUCAUCAGUGGCUGCAAAAUGAACUGGAGUUAAAGACAACAUGAAAUUGCAUUUGCAAUGCCUUUAACUUCUGCAGUGUGACGUGAAACCGAAGAAAAUAUAUAUAUAUAUAUAUAUAUAUAUAUUCCAAUGAAAAACAGACAUUUACAAAUAUUUUGUUUUCCUAUUUUAUUUAUCCCACACAACCCAUUAUCCAAUUUAAUAUAUUUUAUUUUAUUCAACAUGACUCAUUAUCUGAUGACAUGCAUAAUUUAAUUUUUUAUAUUCCACAAAACCCAUUAUCUGAUAAAAAAGCAAAUAUUAAAAAAAAAAAUUCUUAUUGUAUUUAUCCCAUACUACCCAUUGUCUGAUUUAAUAUAAAUGGUAUUAUAUUCUGUAUAACCCAUUAUCCAAUGAAAAGAAAACAUUUAAAAAAUAUAUUCAUUUUUAUUUAUUUUCUAAUUUUAUUUAUCCCACAUAACCCAUUUUAUGUCGCCAACAUAAUUUAUUAUCUGAUGAAAAGAUAAUUUUUAAUUAAUUAAUUUUUUUUUUUUUGAGUCCACAAAAAAUUGUCAGAUGAAAAGCACACAUUUGAAAAUGUUUUAUUUUAUUAAACAGAAAGUGAAGCGAAGUUAAGUGGGAAAUAAUACAGGACAGGGGCCAGUUGCAUAAACUUGUUAAGACUGUGUGUUAAGAACUGGUUUGAUCAACUAGCAGUUAGCCAAGUGGUAAUCAGUCUUAUUUUUUGUAUUCAAUGUAGACUUAUCUAUGUUUUUAUGUAUCUACAUUAAAAACAUAUGACCAGUCUUACAGAAAUAAAAAUAAAUGUCUUAACUUGUAAGACUAGUAUAAACCUUUUAUGCAACCGGCCCCAGGACUUUAAUUGGGUGAGACAUGUUAAGUUAUGAUGUUAACUUUAGUUACAUGAACAGAAAAGAUAAGUUUUGUCAGAUAUGGACAAGUUAAUAAGACUGUAAAGGGUCUGAUUUCAUGUUGUCUUUAAAUCCACUCUUAAUCAUU